AUGUCGGGCGCGGAGCGGGCAGCCGCGGAGCCGUGCGAGGACGACGAAGCGAGGGCAUGCUUCACGGACGUGUUUGGUUUGUUGGGAGCCGAAAUUCUGGCCUGCCUGAAGCACGAGGCGACGAUAUUCCUGGCCUCCUGCUCGCGUGAGAUGCUGGUGGCAGUCCUGGUUCACCGACGCGUGGUUCUCAGCGUCACCUCGCCGUCGGGCAGCCCGAGCCCAGUCCUGCUGGCCGUGCUCGCUGGUCUGGCACCGCAGUUCCCCGCGGAAUGUGCCGGCGAGAUCAUGUGUCGGGACGUCUGCGUCGAUCCUUCGUGCGCACCUCGCCUCGCCGAAUUCGAGGAGUCCUGGCGGGCCGAGGACGACGCUCCAGACGACGUAGCAACCGCAGCGCUGCUCCAGAGCCUCGCGCAGGACCCGGAGACGGCUCUGCUGGUCCGUCGAAUCGCCGUCGAGCCCCCGUUCCGACGAAAGGACGCCGCGGCUGCACCUCAGGCCCCCACCAGACCAAAGCUCGGCGCGCUUCUCCCUGCCUUCAAGCACCUGCGGCACGUCAAGCUCAACUGCGCGGCGGACAUGGACGCGCUCGUCGACGUCUGCUCCGGGAUCCCGCAGUGUCCGGAGCUCGAGUUCGUCACGACGCGCCGCAUCGCUCCGUCCUCCGUGGUCGGUGCCGCCGCGUUGUGCAACGCGCUGACUGAGCGAGCGCGCCUCUGCCCGCCGGUACCGCUGCGCUGGCUGGACCUGGGCUACAGCUCGCUCGGCGACAGGGGCGCGCUCGUCCUUGCGGCUGCGCUGAAGGCCGAAGACGGCAUGGGCGCGCGCCUCACCGUCCUGCGUCUCGUCGACACCGGCAUCGGUGCGCCGGGUGCCAAGGCGAUCGGCGGCGCGCUCGUGGUCUGUCGGCGGCUCCAGGAGCUCGACCUGUCGCUGAACUCGCUGAUUUCGGAUUCCGGCGCCGUCGCUAUCGCCCAGGGACUGUCGGAGGGUCCCUGCGAUGCGCUGACGACGCUGCGCAUGGCGGGGUGCCAGAUGAGCGACGUGGGCGUCGCUGCCGUCGGGGCGGCGCUGGCGCGGCUGCCGAGCCUCACGAAGCUGAGCCUGCGGAGCAACAGCGCGAUCGGAUGCAAGCCGGCGUAUGGGGAGGAGGCGGGGCCCGGCGAGGGGGCGCUGGGGUUGGCGGACGGUCUGCGGACGUGCAGGGCGCUCGAGGAGCUGGAGCUGCACGGCACGGUGCCGCGCAGCAACCAAGCGCUCGCCUGCAUCGCGGACGGCAUCGGCCGGGGGGGCUGCCCGCGGCUGCGCGUGCUGCGCUUCACGGGGUACUCGGUGCUGUCAGGGGGGGUGUCUGCGACGGCGAUCGUCGACGCCCUGGCGCGCGGGUGCGGCGCGACGCUUGAGAAGCUCGAGAUCGGCGCGUACGGCGCCGACAACGCGACGCUGGAGGCGUUCGGGAAGCGCAUGCUGCCGUGCUGCCCGGCACUGACCGAAGUGACCGUCGCGGGGGCCACGAUGCCGACGCGCGGGGCUGCGGAGGCGAUCUUCGACGGGAUGGCGGCGUGCGCGAGGCUCCGGAGCGCGUCGUUCACGGGGUUCCGCCUGGUGGGGGAGGCCAUGGGGGGGUUCACGUCGGGCAUCGCGAAGUGCACGACGCUGCGGGAGCUGCGCCUGGGGCUGCAGCGGUUCUCCAGCAUCGGCGGCGAGGACUUCUGCGACGCGCUGGCGCACCUCCCGCAUCUGGACACGCUCGUGCUGUCGUCGUGCGACCUCGAGCGACACGGCAAGGCGCUGGCCGGCGCGCUGGAGGCCAGCGGGGCGCAGCUCUCGCACCUCCACCUGUACGCGUGUCGCGUGGGCGAUGCUGCGAGCGCUGCCAUCGGCCGCGCCCUCGCCGGCUCUGCUUCGCGCCUCCGCUACAUGUGCUUGGACAUGAACCGCGUCGGGAACCAGGGCGCUGCGGCGCUGGGGGCGGCGAUCGCCGCGGCGGGCCCGCGCAUGCGCGAGGUGUCGCUGGAAGAGAACGAGAUCGCGGACAAGGGCGUGUGCGACAUGGUCGCCGCCGGGCUCGGGCGCUGCAGGGAGCUGCGCACCAUCAUGCUGGGCAGCAACCAGCUCACCGACGCGUCGCUCGAGGCGCUCGUGGAGGUGCUCAGCAGCUUCCGGGGCCUCGAGGCCGUGUCGAUCGGCGGCAACGUGCGGAUGUCGGCGAUGGGCAAGCAGCGGUUCGCCAAGGUGCUGGUGCCGAUGUUGCCGCGGUACGGGCUGGAGCUGGACGAGAAGGAGGAGCCGCUGGAGGUCAGCGCGCUGUGGGACUGA